ACAGUGAUUACUUUCUCUGUUAACGUGCUGUGGUGCUUCUGUAGACAUUGUGUCUUUAAUCUGUGUUUUGGUUCCUGUUCAUCAUACUUGUUUUUAUCGUCUUAUUUUAAAAUUCUUGAUUGUACAUUUGUUGACCUUUAAACCUUUAAUUCUAUAUAGAAUUUGAGUUUGGAUUUACAUUCUAAUAAUAGAUAAACAAUAAAACUUAUCUGAAUAGAUCGGCUGACGAGGCAGGUUUUUAAGGUUUAGUUCGUAUCUUCGAGCGGCUUUAUUCCAAAUGGAGAUUGAAAUAUUAAACAUUGUUAAUUCUAAACCAUUGGGAAAAAUUACUGUAGCAGACGAUGCUACCAUUAAGAACGUAAAAGAUAAGAUUCAUCAAAAUUUAAAAAAAUCUCUUUAUCCUAGUCGGCAAGCUAUAAAAGUCGAGACGAAAGGAAAAGUAUUAAAAGAUGAAGAUACUCUAAAGUCUCUAAAUAUUCAGAGUGGUGCCAAAUUAUAUUUAAAGGAUCUCGGCCCUCAAAUUUCAUGGACUACUGUGUUUUUAGCUGAAUAUGCAGGACCUCUUUUUGUUUAUAUAUGGGUCUAUCAGAGACCAUGGCUGCUGUAUGGGGAUGUUUCCUUAUCUCAUGGAACUGUUGCUAAGGUAGCAGCUAUUUGCUGGUCAGGCCAUUAUGUCAAGAGACUUUUGGAAACUGUUUUUGUGCAUCGAUUUUCACAUGGCACAAUGCCUCUACGUAACCUAUUUCGUAACUGUGCAUAUUACUGGCUAUUCACACUGUAUGUGGCCUAUCAUAUCAACCAUCCUAUUUAUACAGCCCCAAAUAACUUGUAUUACUAUGUUGGUCUUGGUGGAUUUAUUGUGUGUGAGUUGGGCAAUCUUAGUAUUCAUCUCUUGCUUAAGAAUCUCCGUCCUCCUGGCACUAAAGUGCGACGUAUUCCCGUACCAGAUGGCAACCCACUUUCUCUACUCUUCAACUUUGUGUCCUGUCCUAACUACACAUAUGAAGUUGGGUCUUGGAUAUUCUUCACCAUCAUGACUAAAUGUGCUCCAGCGGGUCUCUUCGCAUUUGCUGGUUUCUACCAAAUGGCUGUGUGGGCGAUCGGAAAACAUCGCAACUACAAGAAGGAAUUCCCGGAAUACCCUAAAGGCCGUAAAGCUAUCAUACCUUUUAUUCUUUAAUUUCGCAUAAUUAUGACAAAAAUACUUUAAUAGCUACUAGGUAGUUUUGUUAUUUACAAUUAUUAUGAACUCGGGUGUCGAAUAUUAAGAUCGGUGAUGGUUGUUAUUUAUUUGUAUGUGGGUUGUAUGAAAGAAGGAGUAAUUAGCGAAGAAUUAAUUAAGUAGGUGCAAUGGAUUUUUAUAUUAUCGGAAUAUAACGGGAACUAGAUGAUUUAAUAUAUUUUAAUAUAAUUUUGUUUUAUUUUCUUUUAUAAUUCUGUUUAAAUAAUUAUAAAAAAAUUGUACAUGAUUCCAUUUUGUUAGUCACAAUUUGCAUUUAUGCUAAUAAUAAAAUGGUAAAUUUA